UAUUCAAUUCGAAAAUCAAAUUCCUCAAGGUGUAAUCUAAAUUUUGUCAAACGACUAGAUGGACUAGUAUGAUUAAAUAAGUAAAUUAACGGUUUGUGAUCUGUCAAAAUUUUAAAUCUUCUUCCAAACAAAUAAGGUCUAAAAUACUUUAUAGCCCACACAACAGCUAAUAAUUCUUUUUCUGUCGUAGGGUACAAUAUUUCACUUUUAUUGAGAGGGCGGCUAAUGUAAGCUACUGCUUUUUCAUUAUUAUUUAAUAAAACUGCACCGAUUGCUAAACCCGAAGCAUCGGUUUGUAAUAUAAAUUCGUUUUCGUCUGAGAAAUCUGGAUAAUCUAGUACAGGUGGAGUUAUUAAUGAAUUUCUUAAAUAAUCAAAGGAUUGCUGACACUCAUUGGACCACUCAAAAUGAGAAUACUUUCGACAUAAUUUGUUUAAUGGCAGCGCUAUGCUUGCAAAAUUUGGUACAUAUUUCCGGUAAUAGUUGGCGAAUGCAACAAACCUUUUUACUUCGAUUGAAUUCUUUGGAAUGGGAUAUUCCUGUAGUGUUUUAAUUUUUUCUGGAUCGGGUAAAAUACCAUUUGCGGAUAUAACGUGACCUAAGUAUAAUAUUUCUUUUCUUAAAAAUUACAUUUGGAAGGAUUUAAUUUUAAAUUAACAUUCCUAUCUAACACUUUAAGUAAAUUUUUAUUAUGAUCUUGUAAAUUUCUACCAAAAAUUCUUAAAUCGUCUAAAUAUACAAAACAUCGCUCAUAAUUUAACCCCGAAUUUUGGGUUACCACCACAAAAGGACUGCAGUGCUCAUGUUUUCCAGAAGGGAAGGAAGCUACUGCAAGCGAUUUACGUAUUCAACGUAAGAAGAUACUGGAGAUCCAGAAAGCUAUACAAGAUCGUUUCAGAAAGGAAUAUCUUUCGAUUCUUGUCUCAACAAAACAUAUAAAAGGCAAAGAAAAUUUGAAAGUGGGAACGCUAGUACUUGUUGGGGAUAAUAUAAAGGAAAGGUUCGAAUAGCUACUUGGAAAAAUUUUCCCAAGUCAUGUCGACGGAGUUGUACGAGCGGCUGAAGUGAAAACGAAAAAUGGAUUAUUAAAGCGUCCUGUUGAGCGUCUUGACCCGCUAGAGAUGUCUGAAGAAGUGAGAUCUAAGUUCAAACCAGAAGUGAGUCACAUCGCAUUUGAUUCAGUCAAUUUUAGGUUUGAAUGAAGUAUCAAAAGAAGCUGCUGAAGAGGAGGAAUCCGUUAUUACACGUCAUGGACGAAAGCCGAAUCGUUACGGGCAGUGGAAUCGGUAAUUCGGUAAUAAAUGUAUUUAUAGUAAUGUAAUUUUCUAGUAUAAAAUUAGCGGGAGUUUGUAGAAUGUAUAGACAGAUAGAAAUUGUGAACGUCUUGUCACGUCAUAUUAGAUUGAAAUCUUAUAAAAUAAACUUUUAAAGAUUUUAAAGUCUCGUCAUAGUUUGUCUGGCAAUCACUAUUAGAUAAGUUUAAGAACAAAUUAACGUAGUCGCGAUAGUGGUUUUUAUCUCGUUACGUAACUUAACCAUAAAUAAGUUUUGACACUUAGAAUGGCGCUUAAAUUAAACGUUUUUUUAGAGGAAGCUUUUACUCCUGGUCCAUUAUUACUAGCGAUUUUAUACCGCUAGAUUUUUUGGCUAUACUGUUAAAUAAACUUUCACUGACAACGAAAGUGAAAGUCAGUUGGCGCACCUGUGAAUGCCCAUAAGGGCGUAAAACAGCGCAUAAUUUGCGCCCAAUUAUGCAUUCGAUUAAAUCAAUUCAGUCAACCUCAGUGAAAAAAUAGAAGUAAAAAUACUUACUUAAAAACAAACUGCAAUAUUUUUUAAUCUUUCACUGUUUAAUUGUGGCAAUUCCUACAAAGUUUGGAGAUUGUAUUGCAGUUAUCAGUAUUGCAUCAUCACCAACCGAAAUGGUUAUCUUCUGGGACCGCACCAAUUUUGUGAAACGUAUGAGCUGUCACUCAGCUAAACCACUUCUUCAGCCGUUAACCGUCUAUAACUGUGAUGGUCUCAGUGGGAGGCAGCCCAAAAUCCACCCACCUGCUCUUGCACUGGUAUAGGGUCGUUUACACCUUGAGAGAUAAAUGAAAAACUGAAAAAAUAUACUUAACUAACCAUCAUUAACAGUGUGCCCUACUCUUCCGAAUUUUUCUACACUAAACUUUUUGAAAAUGUUUUCUUCGCAGAUUUUCUGCGGCGAUCCGACGCUGGCAUGGUUUCGAUGGAACAUUUUUACUCGGUGGGGACAGGAAUAUGAUCCGACAAAGCUUGACGAGGAAAUGGGCGCUGAUCGCGUUGGGGUAACGUACCGACCGAAGGAGGGUACCAAUUGUCUUGGAUGUACUGAGAAACGUAACUCGAUGUACUCGGUGAGUAUGGCCGACGAGGCGAGAGAUAAUCACGAGCAACAGAUCGAGCGAGCGGAAAUUGCGAACCUGGUCAGAUCGCGCAUGGAAAGUCUUAAUCUACCACCGAUGGAUUACAACGAUGUCAGUGAGAAACGGAACAGCCUAUCUUACGUUAUCAUAAACCCCAGCUGCGAUUUGAAGUUAGAAGAAGGAGACAUCAUAUAUUUAGUAAGACCGAGCCCAUUCUCAGCGCAGAAAACAUUCGAAAGGCACAACAGCCGAAGAAAGUCAAACAUCAGCUUCUGCUCCCAGACGCUGCUGCAGCAGAUGGCCGGAUUGGGUAGUAGGCGAGGUUCCGGUCUCGGACUUACCUCAUUCCAGCCGUCGAGACCGCCGCCGCUCGCCACCACGAAGUCCAACUCGCUCUCGUUGCCCGACAGUCCGACGGUCGCCGGCUAUCAGCGCGGCAGAUCGAACUCGUUACGUGUAAUUGACGACAUUCUGCUCAGGAGAUCGAACUCUCUCCGACAGGGGUUGACGAAUAUAGGUGUUAGAAGAAAAAGUAGCCUGGAAGAUAUAGGACUUUCGCAUUUUUCGUCCGCGCCGUACUAUAGCAAUUACAAUAAUCCAAUCAAGAUUGCUUUGAACGGUAGUAUCGGGUUAGAGGUGACUCCGCCGGAGGAGAACAGUCCGCCGGUGAUAUCUACGAAUACGGCUUUAGUUGUAAAUCCGCCGCCACCGAGCGGAUUGCUAAGUAAAACGGGCAGCACGAUGAGUUUGUCCCAGGGCGUUCUGCCCGCGGUGCAACCUUUCAGUUUAGGCAUUAACCCGCCGCCAAGCCCGCCCCCUUACGGCGAAUCUGCAUGCGCUCAACAGACGGGUUUACCGGUGCCGCCGGCCUCGACGGAUCCGCAGCACCUUCAGGGAACCAUAGUAUGAUAUAACCUCAUGUGGGGGAGGAGGCUGAGUGGCUUACGCAACAAGUGGCUCUAACUCUUCACUUCCACACAGAUAGCUCUGCCACUUGAGCGAAGUGUGCCAUUUGGGGCAGAGCUAUUUAGCUGUAAAUUUACCAUAUUUGGCCUUAUAAAAAAAGUGUACAUCAGAACUCUAGACUGAUAUUUAAAUCUUUAUAUCUUUGUAACCAGACGAGAGAGUAGUGGAAAAAAAGAUAUUCUGUCGGUGACUCCCGUUUUGUUUUCAAAUUUCAGGCCUUCUCGCAUGAACUCGUGUCAUUAGCUCAAUAGUUAUAGUUUUGACCGUUCCAAAUUCUUCCAUACUGGCCUGUACCAACAAAAUAAAGAGAUAUUGUUCAGAUGUUGAAUGUGGGAUCAAAUAUUGUAGAUAAUUUUAGUGUGCCCUUUACUUAGUAAUGUAAAAAAUUAAUCUUUGGUGCUGGGUCGGAGCAUUGACUAAGUGCAUCCUACCAUCGGGUGACUGUGUCCCAAAUGUCUAAAAACUCGACCACGCAAAUUCAAGAUAACCAAAUAGAAUUUGUGCGCUACUUUUCAUAAAAAUAAGGAUAAAUCUUUUUUUUUCAAUUCUUCACUGGUUAAGUUUGUGCCAAGAACAACCACACAGUCAGUCGAGUGGUAGGAAUACCAAAAGCUUCGCCCAAACCAAUCGCGCUAUUUACAGAGUAGAUACGUAACCUAAAUUGAAGUACAUAAUUCGUGAUACGGUUCCAUUUUUUGGACCGCGCAUUUUGAUGUCAAAGCUUGGUAUUCAUGUUAUUUAUGACCCGUUUUGCGCAACUUUCCAUUUUUGUACGUAAAUAAAAAAAAAGGGAUGCGUCGGUUUAUAAUAAUCAAAAUUGUUGAGAGAAAAAAGGCCAAUUUAAGUAGUAGUCGCCGCUUUAUGGGUAGCUUAGCGUAAUACCGUCCAUGCUGUUUUUAGUGUGUACAUAUCGAAUCACGUGUAUAGUUGUCACUAUUUCUAUACUGUAACCCCUCUAGCUAAAGACUGCAGUGGAGAGGUCCAAAUGAAAACGCGCGGUUCACUUAUUUUAUAUAUAUUUAAAAAGAACAUAUCCGAAAAUAAGUGACUAUAGUUACUAUAUUUUUCUAGGCAAAAAAUAAAGUGGUUGAGAUCG